UUAUGCUAGCUCCAGGCCUGGUGGUAAAUUUUGGAGAUCUGCCCUAGUGUUAGUUGGCUGUAAACCCUCUUAUCGUGGGUUUGCUCCUCUCCCCCAUGGCGUAUCCAUUGAAGAAGUGUGUGAAUACUUCAAGUUACCCCCAGCCCGGCAGCGACAACAAAAACUUAAGAGGAAGCGCUCUUCCUAUCACUUCUUCUCCUACCGUGAUUGGAUUAGAGUCUGAGGGUGAGAGUGAGGAAGACCAGGAUGAUGAUGAACUUCACGAUACUUCCAGCGAACAUUCCUUUUCUUUAGAAGUUCUUCCGAGCGGGUCUUCCAGAGCUCUGAGGAGCGUAUCCAUCCCUGAUCUCCCUGGGCAAACAUCUUUGGAUCUCCUCGGCAUAUUGGAGGAUCCUCAACCUUAUUUGCCAACUCUUUUUUGGCUAAGUCAACGUUGUCUUCUCCGUCCCCAAGGACUCGUCUUAGUCCUAAUCUCCCUUCCUUUGGAGUAUCCAGUGGUGCUAAUGGCUCUUCUUCUACGUUUGCACCAUACUCUUGGCAGAACCGCCUUGAGUCCUUCAUCUUGGAAUACCGGCAGUAUGUUUAAAGGUUUUGUGAAUAAUCCCAUGUCUCUUCAUGUCGGAGAUUCACCUUUCUUCAUUGAGAAGCUUUGUUCUACUAUCUCCAAUGUAGAUAAAGAAUUCUUUAAUAAACUUCCCAAAGGUGAAGACUUUGGCUUGCAGAUGCUUCUUGGGGGAUCUCAAAUGUGCCUUCACUAUAUAGUUGAUUUGAAGCAUCAACUCUUCGAAGCAAAGGCAGAGCUGGAGAAAUCAAAGACUAUGCAAACUGAGUUUGAGAAGAUCGUACAAGAAAAUCCAUUCUUGAAGAGAAGCUUACUGAAGCCAACGAAGAGAUUGAGAAGACCCGAAGCGAGUUUUCCAAAGCCAAAAACCAAUUGUCCAGAGCUGAGAUAG